UUUCCCUUAUCUCUCGAGUCAACCGCCUCUUGAUAACGAGACCUGCUGACUCGAAUUGUCUCUGACUCUUUUUCUUUUGCAACGGUUCAUACUUCAGGUUCCUAUCCUAUUGCCAUCCUUUGACUAUUCUUCCAGUGCCUUCAACCAAACAAGAAACCAACAUCGACUGCAUUCGGCGGGUUAGCCUCCUUCCGUUUCGGUACUUGAGCAGGACUCUACCAGGCCUGGGAAACAAACAGCAUCUCGCCGUCCAUCCAACUUUCCAUUUCUGUCGCCUUCAUCUUUUGAGGUCUCGCCGAUUUCCGUACCCGCGGGCGACAUGGAAGCCCUCUCCAAAGCGCCCGAUGUGGGCGAGGCACUCUCGGGAGUGUUUGGAAGUGUCAGCUUGACGGCCUGGAUAUGUCUCUUGCUGCCGCAACUGAUUACAAACUACAAAGCCAAGAGCGCUGAUGGCCUGUCCAUGAACUUCCUCAUUAUAUGGCUGUUGGGCGAUAUAGCGAAUCUCUUUGGCGCACUCUGGACAAGUCUGGCACCAACCGCUGUAGCACUUGCCUUGUACUUUUGUUUCGCCGACCUGGUCCUCAUUGGUCAAUGCAGCUACUACAACGCUGUCAACGCACGCCGCCGCACCCGCAGCGAGAGACACGCCCGAGGUGCACGACAUUCCUCUACCGAGACACACGAGACCGACACAACGGCUGUAGAGGAUCCUUCUGAGCACGACCCAUUGCUGGACCAUGACCAACACCAUCAUCAGCACCCACGUCGGUCGCGCAGCGAUUCUUCUGGAUUGCCGGGCUCUCACCGUCGACACUCGAUGCGCCACAGGGAGAGCACUCUCGACCCAUUGACCAGGAUCGUUACGGGUGAAGACGAUACUCCUGACAGCAACCCAUGGCUGCACAAUGCCCUCAGCUUGGUAGCUGUCUGGGUCGUUGGUGCUGCAGGUUGGUUCAUCAGCUACAAGAUGGGCGCGUGGGAUGUUGAGGAUGGGUUACCUGAUGGUGGAGACAACACGGUUUCGAGACAGCCACAGGCCGUUAUUGGCAUGAUCCUGGGCUAUUUCAGCGCCGCAUGCUACUUGUGCGCUCGAAUCCCUCAAAUCAUCAAGAAUUACCGUGAGAAGUCUUGCGAGGGCCUCGCCCUGUUGUUCUUCCUGCUCUCGCUCACGGGCAACUUCACCUAUGGAGCAAGCGUGAUCGCCUACUCUCAGGAGAGAGACUAUGUUGUCAGAGCCCUCCCUUGGCUUCUGGGCUCGCUCGGUACUAUGCUGGAAGACUUCGUCAUCUUUGCCCAGUUCAGACUCUACUCGCCGCAGCGUGAGCCAAAGACACACGGUAACGCUUGAAGAGCUGGCUCUUCGCCUACACGAAGCAAACGACACACAUAUGAUGGAAGACACGGCCUAUUUUGAGGAUGGGGAUCAGCGUCUAUGGGUUUAAUGGAAUUAUCUGGCAACGGUAUGUGAUGGAUGUUUU